GGGCCGAGACCGAAGCUCGCGGGCUCAGGCGCGCCGCGGGCAGCCCUGCUGGGGCCUUUCCUGCCGCCGGGCGCCGGGUCCUUCCUCGCGGUUGUCCCUGUGCCCGGAACAUGGCGGUGGCCACUUUCGCGGGCCCGGGCCGAGGUUUGUUGCGGGCGGGCGCUGAGCCGCUGCUGCGAAGAGGAAUCCGGGCGUCGGUCCGGCCGCGACUUGAAGGAGUAGCCCUCGGCACGGAGCGCGACUUCAGCCUCUCGCACAGUCGGGGCACAGUCAUCGUGGAGCGCUGGUGGAAGGUGCCGCGGGCCCGGGAGAGGCGGAAGUCGCGGCUUCACCCGCGCCCACCCGUCUACAAGCUGGUGGAGGACACAAAACACCGGCCCAAAGAAAACCUGGAGCUUAUUCUCACGCAGUCUGUGGAAGAACUUGGAGUCCGAGGUGACCUGGUCUCAGUGACGAAAUCUUUUGGCCGUAAUCGACUCCUUCCUCAGGGACUAGCUGUAUAUGCAUCCCCUGAAAACAGAAAGCUAUUUGAAGAGGAGAAGUUGCUGAGACAAGAAGGAAAAUUAGAGAAGAUCCAGACCAAGGCAGGUGAGGCGACAGUGAAGUUUCUCAGAAGCUGUCAUCUGGAAGUGGGGAUGAAAAACAAUGUCAAAUGGGAGCUGAACCCUGAUAUAGUUGCUCGCCACUUCCUCAAGAAUCUUGGUGUUGUGGUUGCCCCACAUGCGUUGAAGUUACCAGAAGAGCCUAUCACACGGUGGGGCGAGUACUGGUGUGAGGUGACAGUGAACGGGCUUGACACUGUGAGAGUGCCCAUGUCUGUGGUGAACUUCGAGAGGCCCAAGACCAAAAGAUACAAACACUGGUUAGCCCAGCAAGCUGACAAGGGCCUGGCCCCCACUGACUCCCAGAACAUCUGAACUUCGUCUCCCUCUAAGGCAGCAAAGCAGAGUUAGAGGAGCAGUAGAGCAAGAAGGGCCAGCAUUCCCAGCUCUGAUGACCAAAUGUGGGUCUUUGAAGCACAUAGGGAGACAUGAGCCUGAACUGUGUACGCAUGUGGAACGCUCCAUGUUGGCUGCCUCCACCUUCGACUCUCAUCAACCCUGAGUAAGCUGGGUAUUAGUGGACUGAAAUAGGCCUUUCCUCCAUUGACAUUCAUGGAACAAAAGGAAGAGCUAACCACUGUCUCCAGUGCUUGCGCAGUGUCAUCAUCCAAUAUGAUCAUUUGUGUCUAGCAGAAAUAAAGGUGGUGUUUUUUUUA